CAGGCAUUAGCCACUCCGCGACUGGGAAAGCCACUUCCCCUCACCACCAUGACAAUGGAGCCCUUGGAUCCCUGGGAUCAAUUUGCCAUGCGCGCUUAUAUGCAGGUUGCUGUCUGUUUCCCUUUUGAUGACAACUGCUCCAAGAUAGAGGCAUCACAGCGAAAAGGCGAUGUCCUGCAUCAUCUGAGGGCCGCUCUUGACACGCUCGCCAAACAGCGUCCAAAACUGGCUGGAAUCUUGCAGCUUGGCCACGACUCCGAUCAGUCUGGCCGGAUUUUCUAUCGAGAGUCUUCUAGUGAUGCCAUCCCACUCAGUCUCUUCGCACUCGGAGACCACUUUCCCUCCAGCUACAACCAACUCAAAUCCAACGGAUUCCCCCCCGACAUCUUCGUGCAUCCAACCUUUUCUUUGGACGGGUCGCUUCGUCCGGGUGAGCCUACUGUAGCUUCUCGCGUACGCGUCUCCUUUAUCUCCGGUGGUCUCAUACUUUGGCUGCAUCUCCAUCAUUCCCUGGGCGAUGGAGGGUCUCUCAACAUGUUUCUUGAAGAUUUUGGAGCUUGUACCCGUGGCAUUCCCCUGAAUUCUCCCGGAAUUCGCGCCGUUCCCAAUCUCCCGCUCACCAGUCAAGAUCAAGACGUCCAGACCUUGCAGGAAUUGUUGGCUGCAUGUCCGGAGUACAGCAUUCUCCCGAACCCAAUGGGUCCCACAAGUCCGGAACUCCGCCCGGGUGGCACAGCAAUCGGCGAGAUCAAGAAAGCAGGAAAGAUCUUCGUCUUCCAAGAGAAGCGACUCGACGAGCUAGCGGACGUGAUACGUUCUGAGGUCGGUAUAUCCAUUAAGGCGUCCCACUACGUCUGUCUCGCAGCUCUUACCUGGGUCCAUACCACCAUCGCACGGCUCGAAACCGAGGACUUCGUGCUGCCCUCGAAUCGGGUGCAAGAUGCGAAACUUUUGACACCCUUCGACUGGGCCUGGCGCUGCCUUGGAGAAAAGACCGAGAGUUACACGGGAAAUACAGUGGGGACACUCCUGACGCAGAUGCAGGUCUCAGAGCUCAUACAUGCACAUGACGAUGCCGAGGGGCUCUCCCGAGUUGUCCAGUCUCUCGCCAUGUCCCUUGCUUCGGUGGCCAAUCCUUGGCUACUGCAUCGUAACAACCUCCUCGCCAGGAUCGAAGACCCUCGCUUGCUCGGGCUAAACUUCGACGCUCGACAGCCACAGGAGCUGGGCUUUAACACGUGGCGGUCCAUCGGGAAUAGGGCUAACUGGAGCAUCCCGGGAGUCCCGUCGCACGCCUCAGACGCGAUCCGCCGCGUCCAGGGAGAGUGGAACAUGGCCGGGGCGAACAUCAUGCCUGCGCGAGGACACUCGGAUGCCUGGGAACUUCUCAUUACGAUCCCCGAGUGCUCCAUGGAUGCUCUUUGCAAGGACCACCAGUGGUUGAAGUGGGUUGACGAGAUUAUCGAUGAAAAGGGCAUCCGCCAAGCUCAAUCCCUGACCGAGGUUGAUUCGACUCUAGAAUAGGGGGAACAUCGGAAACUUUUGAU